GAUUAAAGAUUAAUUAAAGUGAAUAUUUAUGAAAAAUCUUUUUUUCAAUUAAGGAAAUAAAUGCAAAUAUUUAUGUUAAAUCUAUUAGAACGUUCGACGUAUAUGCAUAGGUAGAAAAAUCUUCAUUCCUUCACGAAAAUAGUAGCGCCUAUAUGUGCGGCCGUCCGGUCUAUAAUUAAACAUUGCCAUCGCUCUACUGCCGGUUGCUCAGUAUGAUAAAGUUGGCGACUGGUGUACGACGUUUCCGUGAUAAACGUUCUGACUUUGACUCGAAAAAUUGAGAAUAAAGUUAAUAAAAUAUAAUAAAAUAUAAGCACUCAUGUGUGCGCCCGCGCGCGCGUCUGACGUUGCUCAAGCGUCAUUCUACAGCCUCGUGUGAAAGCGCCCUUCAUCUCCUCCGCCUCGCAGUCAAAUUAAUUAAAUCAACGGGUCGCAGACUUUAAAUUAAAAAGCUUGAAGUUGAAGAUAAGUUGGAGAUUAAACCGACUUCACCAAUAAUCUCAGGAAUUAAUUGGCCAUGGAGACGGACCUGAGUCGCGGUGUGUGCCCAGUAUGUGGUAAAAAUGCCACGCUGAAGUGCGGCAACUGCAAACGCGAGUUUUACUGCGGCAAGUCUCAUCAGUCCCGGGACUGGCCGCGUCACAAGUCCACAUGCUGCGCUUGGAGGAUAGAUCGCGAUCCCGAUCUCGGACGACACUUGCUGGCGAUCAGGGACUUGGCACCGGGGGAUGUAGUUCUCUCGGAACCGCCUCUGGUUUGGGGACCGUCGAUCCACACGACGAAUCAACGGCUCUGCGUCGGCUGCGGCAAACGGUGCGACGACUUCAAUGUGAGAUGCGGCAAGUGUUGCUGGCCGGUGUGCAAAUCCAAUUGCGAGGGUCUGUCCGACAAGAGGAGGCACGAGUUGGAGUGCGCGCUCCUCGCGCGCGCUAGAAUUAUUCCCAGAUGCGAAGUUCUUUUGGUGAUCCGUAUGCUGAUACUGUGGCGCACAAAAUCGAAACGCUGGACGUCCUUGGCCAAUCUGCAAAGUCACGAGGACUCACGAAGACCCGGCACGGAGGCUCACGAUGAAGUGUUGGGCAUAAUUCAGCAUCUCGGCCCGCUCUUGACGAUGGCAUCCGACUGCAUGGACGUUCUACCGAAGAUUUGCGGACUGAUUGAUGUGAACGCGUUGGAGACCGUGCCGCCGGAAGGUUCGGUGGCGAUUUACGAGACCGCUUCCCUUCUGGAGCACUCCUGCAUGGCGAAUACGCGACACAGUUUUCAUGUCGACGACAAAGGCAGACCGCGCAUCACGGUAUACGCGGUCACGUCUAUUAAAAAAGGGGAACACUUGAGUACCAUGUACACUCACGCGCUUUGGUCUACCAGGGCUAGGCGAGAGCAUCUCCUUGCCACAAAGUAUUUCGUCUGUCGAUGCCAGCGUUGUUCCGAUCCGACGGAACUGGGCACGCAUUUAGGGACGCUAAACUGUCCUUGUAAAAAUGGACUUAUGUCGCCAAAUGAUCCUUUAAACAUGAACACUGAUUGGUCCUGUAACACGUGUCCAGGAAUAAUCACAUCCUCGGAAAUUGCACAGUUGAUAGACCGAUUGGAAGAAGAAGUUACGGAAGUUAUGAAGCAGGCGAACGAAUCUAUCCUUUCCGAUCUUCUCUCAAGGCUGACGGUGUUGCUACAUCCCGGCCACCAACAUUGCAUAUCUGUGAGCCAUUCAUUGAUACAGCUGCUGCCGGCAAGCGAUCCACGAAAAUUAGACUUGUGCAAGCGUAUCAUGGAUACGGUAAACCGUUUGGAUCCGUAUGGGGCGCGUUUGGCUCUUUACACAGCGGUCGUUCUGCGAGAACUCGCAGUCUGUCCUGGCGAAGAUAGACAGGUUCAUCUCACUAGAGCAGCAUCGUUGUUAAAAAUGGAACCACCGAAUUCACCUGGCGAAAAACUUCUCCGACUUAUUGAAAUGGAACUUGGUGGAUCUUAACUGGUGACUCAUAAUAAUAAUAAUAAGAAAUUAGGAGUAUGCUGCACUUUUAUUAUUGAAUUUAUUAUACAAAGUAUAAAACAAUGAAGGAAGGACUUUUACGAUUUUUAUUACGAAUCUAUCUAGUAUACGAAAAAAAGUUUCGCGUCAUUGCUCGUAAAUUAUCAUUUACUACUUUCCCGAAUUGAUUUACCUAUUUCCUCGAUUUCAAGUUAAUUUACAUCCACACAUUACACGUACGUCAGUGUACCUAUUUGGACUAAAAAAGGCAUACGUAUAAAAGAGCUUAAAAUUAUGUAAGAAUGUACAUAUAUGUUAUACAAGUAUCAAAAUAUACGUUGAUGUAUACGUUUA